AUGGCAUUAUUACAGGCAAUCAAGUCAAGGGCAAAUAUCGCCACUGUGCGUUUUCUUCUAGACGCUGCAAAGGCGGAGAAGUCUUCAGUCAAACGAAGCUAUGGUGUCGCGGCACUUCGCCAAGCAAUUCUUUACCGCGACAUCGAUCAGAUCGACGUUCUGUGUAGUGUUGUAAACGUUGAUGAGAUCGAGCCAUUCAACGAAGAGUUCGUGGUAAAGGAACCUGCGGUCAGUCCUCUUGGCGAAGCAAUCAUUGCGAAAGAUUCGGAAAUAGUCCAGGUACUAUUAAAGCUUGGUGCUAGUCCAAACGCAUACGUAUCCUUCGAUGGCUUGAAGAUGUUGAAGCACAUCAAGAGUCACAUACGACGCGUAACUCCAUUACUGGCCGCUAUCAACGUACAGAGUCUUCCCCUGGUGAAGAUCUUGGUAGAACACGGAGCAGAGCUGCAGUACACACGCAAUAUGGGUAUCACCCGCACACCUUUGCAAAGAGCCGCCGAGACUGGGAGCUUCGACAUCGUUGAGUAUCUCGUCGAUCAGGGUGCCAUCAUCGAUACAAACCUAGUUUACUCGGGCGGUACCGCGUUGCAACUGGCUUCCAUGAACGGAUUCUGCGGCAUCGCAGCGUUUCUCCUCGAGCACGGGGCCGAUCCAAACUACCCACCGGCCAAAGGUUACGGCCGAACUGCUUUCGAGGCAGCAGCAGAGUGGGGUCAUGUCGACACGAUGUCGCUUUUGAUGCAGUGGAACGUCAACCUCGAUGCGCAGUUUGGAGAGCCUCCCAAAAGUCAGUACGAGCGGGCUCGGCGGUUUGCGAAGAAGAACGGUUUCAUGGCCUCGAAGCGAUUCGUUGAACACCUCUAUGGGCAAAGGACUAGAGACGAAAGUUGGCCUGCGGGUUUGGCGUUGGAUUCGAUGUGA